UCUCAUAUGUAAUAUCAUCCGUUCAUAUUGGUUUGGAACAAUUGUGUUUUGCACGAUCACAAGUGGCUUAUGUCAUUGGAGAUAGCCAUAUUGGUACUUGGAUGUCAAAAUGACAUCAUUGCAUGACGAUCAUGCACCCUCGUCAGUACUUUAUGUAACCCACGAAGCUUCUUGUCCACGAAUUCCUUGCACCAAUCCGAAACAUGGCAGCCGCUACACAACACUUCGUCGGAGACACGCCGGUUGACUCUUUCCCAUCUGAAGCCACACAACAAAUUCCGGACGAUGAACUCACAAAGAAAGAAGUGGAAAGACUGUCCAAGGGUGAGCAGAAGGAGCCUGGGGCUGGCAAGCGAGCCGGAGCUGCUUCGCGAAACACAGAUGACUAUGAUACACGUGGUCGAGGAGGACAAGGCAAUACACAACCAACGGCAGGAGACCAUUUUGUUUGUAUUAUUAGGCAGUGGAUACUGGGCUGUCGAAUCCGCAGGUUGUGAGAGCGUUGUAUGUAACAAUUAUUGUAUACAUUGAUCAGUAUUCGGCCAUGCAGACUCUCAUGUAGUACAACACAUGCGAACCCUUUACGUGUAAGCAGUACAUGAUCCCAAUCGACCAUCGUCGCCCCUAACUCAUACUGCUCACAACGAGGAAACACGCAGAGAACAACAUGUAGGUUUGAGUCAUUUCUUGACUUAUGUAAUUCGGUCAC